CGGCGGGAAAGAUAAGAAAACCAAAUUUCUAUUACUUUGUCUGUAUUUAAUUUACAAAUUAUAGUUUUAAAAUGAAUUCGAAGACUGCUAACCACACACAUUCUAUUCCUACAAUCAAGACCAUGAAAAAGGGUGAAAUUCAGGUGAUAUUUGGUCCAAUGUUUUCUGGCAAAACGACUGAAUUAGUGAGAAGAUUAAAACGCUACCAGAUUGCUAAUUAUAAUUGUUUAGUUGUUAAAUAUGCUAAAGAUGAUAGAUAUGAUGCAGAUGGGGUAGCUACACAUGAUAAACAAAGCUUACCAGCUGUAUCAGCAGAAAUACUAUCAACACUAAGAUCAACUGCAUUAAAAUAUGAUGUUAUAGGCAUUGAUGAAGGCCAGUUUUUUCCAGAUAUUGUAAAUUUUUGUGAAGAAAUGGCAAAUGAUGGUAUAACUGUUGUAGUUGCAGCUCUAGAUGGAACUUUUCAAAAACAGGGAUUUGGUAAUAUUUUAAAUUUAGUACCUUUAGCUGAACAUGUUAUGAAAUUAACUGCUGUUUGUAUGAUGUGUUAUAAUGAGGCAUCUUUUACAAAGAGGAAAGGCAAUGAAACACAGGUUGAAGUUAUUGGUGGAGCUGAUAAAUAUUUAGCUGUGUGUCGGUCAUGUUAUACAAAACCUAACAAACAAUCACCACGCAAACGAUCUCCUUUAAAACAACUAAAUAAUAUGCAGCAUUUAAGGUCUUCAUCACCCGGAAAAUCAGAAACAACUCGUAGAUUAUUUGAAAAACACCUGCAAGUUUGAAAUAUAUGAAGUAUUGUAAAUCUGUUUGUUAAUUAUGAUCAUGUAUUUUUUUUUUCAUUUUGAGAUUGCAUGUAUGCUCUUAUAUUUUUUUUAAUUAGAUUUUUUUUUUUUCUAACAAACAAUUGUAUUUCGAUUUCUUUUUUUUAUUUAAACUUAUUUAUCAUUCUAUAUAAAUUUUCAUCCAUCUAAACCACAUGUUGUAUUUUUAAUGCCAAUGUUUGUUGUCUACAAUUUUUUAAGUCUACACAAUUAUUGUUCUUAUUUUUUUAUAUGGUUUUUAAAUGAGUAAGGUGAAGAAUCCCAUUGAUAAUCUCUUGUUAAAAACUCAGGUCAUAGCAUUGUAUUAGAUGAAAACAAAUAGUGUCUAUUACUGUCUAUUUAUAUUUAGUGUGUCAGUUUGUUUUGCAAGAUGAGUGUCUUUCACUAUUCAAUUAAACAAUUAUGAUUUAAUAAAUGAAUCACAACAGUUCUAUGCAAAAUGGGGGUUGGAUGGCUGAAUGGUUAGCGUGUGCGCGCUGUAUCAUAAGGACUGUCAUUGAGUCAACAGUCAAAACUAAAAAAACUCCCAAUUUGGUUGAAAACAAUUAGGCUAUCUGGUGUUUAGGAAAAUAUGACAAAAAAUAGGAAUAAAUUGUAGGUGGAUAAGAGAGUCCAAAACAAACCAACUAUAACAUAGAACUUACUCUAUUAUUAAUGGAAAUAACAAAUCAGAUCAAACUAAUUCCUUUAAAUGUGCAGAUGGUUUUUUUAGACUAGUCACAAUAAUAAUGAAUUAACUAUUUCACAUACUGAAACAUUUCAAAGAGUACUCUCUCAAUGUUAUCACCGAAAUGCCUCUAGAAUAACACUAAUGGAUUGUUCCAUAUUUAAUUAUAUCAGUGAAAUUGCUAUUAUUUUUUUCUAAGGAGCUAAGGCGAGGACCAUGCCUAGCAACUCGAUAUGUUUAUUGAUUUUAUACAUAAUAUUUUUAUUGCAUGUUUUUAUUAAUAUUACAGAACUCUUUUUUUUUUUUGAUUUUAUCAAAAUUUGUACUUAUGUCAAUGUGCUUAUAAUAGUUUUAGUAAUCAGCAAAUGAGAAUGCGAUGUGUUUUGUAAAUGUAAAUAAGAAAAGAUCUGUCAUGUAAAUUGUGCAAAUAAAGACAGAAAGUGCUAAGCAUAUUAUGCCAUUAAUCUAUUUUACAAAUGUCAAUGAUAACUCUUUGUUUUAAUAUUGAUGUUAUAAUAUUGAUGAAAUGUCUCUACUUCUUUUUAGUGAGUUCAAUAAAUUAUAUUUAAUUUUU